AUGGCGGCACAAGAAGUGGCGAGCACCGAGAGACUACGGCAGAAGAAGCGGCGAGCACCGAAAGAUGGCGGCAGCGAUGGUGGCGGCAGAAGAAGCGGCGAGCACCGAGAGACGGCGGCAGCGGCAGCAGCAGCAGAUGAAGCGGCGAGCACCGAGAGACGGUGGCAGUGGCGGCGGCGGCAGAAGAAGCGGCAACCUCCGAGAGACGGCGGCAGCGGCGGCGGCAGCAGAAGAAGCGGAGAGCACCGAGAGACGGCGGCAGAAGAAGCGGUGAGCACUGAGAGACGGCGGCAGAAAAAGUGGCGAGCACAGAGAGACGGCGGCAGAAGAAGCGGGGAGCACAGAGAGACGGAGGCAGCAGCGGCGGUGGCAGAAGAAGCGUCGAGCACUGAGAGACGGUGGCAGUGGCGGCGGCAGAGAAACUGGCGGGCACCGAAUGACGGCGGCAGCGGCGUCGGCGGCAGAAGAAGUGGCAAGCACCGUGAGACGGCGGCAGUGGCGGCGGUUGCAGUAGAAGCGGCGAGCACCGAGCGACGGCGGCAGCGGCGGCGGCGACUGAAGAAGUGGCGAACACCGAGACACAGCGGCAGCGGCGGCGGCAGAAGAAGCGGCGAGCACCGAGAGACGGCGGAAGCGGUGGCGGCAGCACAAGAAUCGGCGAGCACCGAGAGACGGCGCAAGCGGCGGCGGCGGCAGAACAAAGGCGACCACCGAGAGACGGCGGCAGCAGCGGUGGCAGAAGAAGCGAUGAGCACCGAGAGACGGUGGCAGCGGCGGUGGCAGAAGAAGCGGCGCACACCGAGAGACGGCAGCAGCGGCGGCGGCGGCAGAAGAAGCGGCGAGCACCGAGAGACUACGGCAGAAGAAGCGGCGAGCACCGAAAGACGGCGGCAGCAGUGGCAGCGGCAGAAGAAGCGGCGAGCACCGAGAGAUGGCGGCAGCGGCAGCAGCAGCAGAUGA